AAAAUGUAUACACAACUAAUUAGGAAUUUAAGAAAUAUAAGAUGUUACUCCGCCAAAGCAACACCCUCCGUCAGGCCAAUCAAUAAAAUCCUCAUCGCCAAUCGUGGUGAGAUUGCCUGCCGUGUUAUUAAAACUGCCCGCAAAUUAGGUGUCCGCACUGUGGCCGUGUACUCUGAUCCCGAUGAGAAAUCUUUGCACACCCAAUAUGCUGAUGAAGCCUAUCGUGUGGGUGAGGCUGCAUCCGCCUCAUCGUAUUUACGCGGUGAUCGUAUCAUAGAAAUUGCCAAAAAGGCUGGUUGCCAAGCCAUCCACCCUGGUUAUGGUUUCUUAUCCGAAUCCGUCGAGUUUGCUGAACUCUGCCAAAAGGAAGGUGUCAUCUUUAUGGGACCUCCUAGCUCUGCCAUUCGUGAUAUGGGUAUUAAGAGUACCAGUAAACACAUUAUGGAUGCUGCUGGUGUACCAAUUAUUAAUGGUUAUCAUGGCGAGGAUCAGUCGGAUGAACGUUUGCAGCAGGAGGCUAAAAAGAUCGGUUUCCCUUUGAUGAUUAAGGCUGUGCGUGGUGGUGGUGGCAAAGGUAUGCGUAUUGCUGAUAAACCUGAAGAUUUUAUGGAUGCUUUAAAUUCCGCACGUACUGAAUCACAAAAAUCCUUUGGUGAUAGUUCGGUGCUAUUGGAACGUUAUGUUCGUUCACCCCGCCAUGUUGAGGUUCAAGUGUUUGCCGAUCAGUAUGGUAAUGCUGUAUAUCUGUGGGAAAGAGAUUGUUCUGUGCAAAGACGUCAUCAGAAGAUUAUUGAAGAGGCCCCGGCGCCCGGCUUAUCCGAAGAAUUACGUCGUGAAUUGGGCGAAGCCGCCGUGCGUGCCGCCAAAGCCGUGGGCUACGUAGGUGCCGGCACCGUUGAAUUCAUUAUGGACAAGGAAGACCUGAGUUUCCAUUUCAUGGAAAUGAACACCCGUCUUCAGGUGGAGCAUCCAAUCUCGGAAAUGAUUACCGGCACAGAUUUGGUUGAAUGGCAAAUACGUAUUGCAGCCGGUGAACCUUUACCCGUGACUCAGGAACAAAUUACCCGUAAAGGUCACGCCUUUGAGGCUCGUAUUUAUGCUGAAAAUCCUCGUGGUGGUUUCCUCCCCGGUGCUGGUCCAUUACGUUAUUUGGCCACUCCUCAAGCCAGUGAUUUGGUUCGUGUUGAAACCGGUGUCCGUGAAGGCGAUGAAGUCUCGGUGCAUUACGACCCCAUGAUAGCCAAAUUGGUUGUAUGGGGUGAAAAUCGUUCACAGGCUUUGAAUAGCCUGAUUGCUCGCCUGCGGGAAUAUCAUAUCACCGGUUUGGAAACCAACAUCAAUUUCCUAAUCGAUUUGGCAUCACAUCCUGAAUUCCAAUCGGGUAAUGUCCACACAGGUUUCAUCGAUCAACAUUUCGACACUCUCUUCCCACCAAUUCAAAUUUCCGACAACGAAUUGUGCAAGGCAGCCCUCUCCUUGGUCUUCAAUGAAUUGCAAGCAUCACAGGUGAACACUUUGAACAACGCCGAUCCCUUCGCUGCCUCUCCCAACUUACGUCUAAACUAUGACCUCAUACGCCAAUACACCCUUAAGGCCAACGAUAAAACCUAUCAAGUUAAUGUUAAAUUUAAUGGUGAACAAAUUGAAAUACAAAUCGAUAAUGGCAGCUGGUAUUCGGUGAAAGCUGAUCGCAUUGUGGAUGGUGAACGUCUUAAGAUUCGUUCUAAUAUUGCCAAUAAUAUUUCCACCUAUAAUGCCUAUAUUGAUGAAUCGGAAGUCACAGUGUUUUUGGAUAAUGGCAAAUUGACAUUUGAAUUGGUCCAGCCGAAAUUCCUCAACGCCGCCGUCGAUCAAUUGGGUAGUGCUGGUUCGAAGGUUGUCGCUCCUAUGCCAGGUGUUUUGGAAAAGGUUUUGGUAAAACCUGGUGAUAAGGUUAAGAAGGGUGAUAAUUUGGCGGUGUUGAUUGCCAUGAAAAUGGAACAUAUUUUGAAGGCUCCCAAGGAUGCUGUUAUUAAAUCAAUUGGUGGUGCUGAGGGCUCCAAUGUGGCCAAGGGUGCUGCUGUUAUUACCUUUGAAGAGGAAGAGGCGGAGAAGAAUUAA